GGCUCCUUUUCUCGCUCCGCGGCGUCGGGGACGCGCAGUGGAUCCCACACUCGCCGGAGAGGAAAAAAGCGCCGUCGGACCGCAACUGCGACUCACCGGGAAAAAUGAUCCCUCCACCGCCCUUCAUCAACGCUGUCUGCGAAAGUCAUGUGAAAGGAUCCGCGAUAUAUGAGGACUCGAGUUUUUUCGACCAUUAAACUUGUUUCAGAGGAUUGUAAACUCCGGGAAGUGAUUAAUAACGCACGGGAAUUGAAGUUAACAUUGGACAGGUGCAGAAAAUGGCGAGACGGCUCCUGCAGCUCCUUGCCUUGUGGACUACUGUGGUUGGCAUUGUGCAGUGUUGUCCAGAGCUCUGCAGCUGCCAGGACAAAUUUGCCCAAAAGUUUGCCGACUGUGCUUACAAAGACCUGCUGGUUGUACCCAUGGGUCUCCCCUCCAAUGUUACCACCGUGAGCCUUUCUGCCAAUAAGAUCAAAUUACUGAAGAGUAAAAGCUUCGUCAAUAUCACCCAGGUCACCUCUCUCUGGCUGGCCCACAAUGAGAUAGUCACCAUAGAGACGGACACCUUGGCCCCCCUGAUCCAGCUCCGCAACCUGGACAUCAGCUACAACAAAAUUGUGAACUUUCCAUGGGAGGACCUGCACAACCUCACAGCUCUGCAGCUUCUGAAAAUGAACAACAAUGAGAUGGUGAAUCUUCCAAAGGAUGCCUUCUCCACGCUCAAAGACCUGAGGUCGCUGCGCAUCAACAACAACAAGUUCACCACCAUUGUGCAGGGUACCUUCAGCGCUCUCUCCUCCAUGUCCCACCUUCAGAUUUUUAGCAACCCCUUCUCAUGUUCCUGCAGCCUGGAGUGGCUCAGGGAUUGGAUCACGACAACUAAGAUUUCUGUCCCUGAGCCAAAGUUAAUUUCAUGUGAGACCCCUGAGCACCUGAAGGGCACAAUGGUUACAGCGAUCCCCAAACUGGACUGUAACGCCCCUACUGUCACAAUAACCUACCAGCCGGACAUUGAGAGCACAGAGCUGUAUGAGGGCUCCAUGGUCAUCUUGAAUUGUGAGACAAAAGGGGACCCAACACCACAGGUCAGCUGGGAGGUGACUGUAGGAAAUCAGAAUUACCUGUUCCCCUUGCCCUUUACAGGAGAGAUAAAUGAUGUGCCAAUUAAUGAUAAAACAACCAACAAUCGAUUCCUCAUCUUUAGAAACGGCUCUCUCAUCAUCCCUCGGAUGAGUAAAAAGGAAGAUGGAAAUUACAGCUGCUCUGCGGUGAAUGAUUUAGGUAAGCAGGAGAGCAGUGUUAAACUGGCUAUGGCAGCCACCCAAAAACAUGGCAGCGAGUCAAAGCCCGAUUCUACAGUGGACAGGAUCCGUCCGUCUGUUAAAAAGCCUGCGGACCCCAAGAUCUCCAAAACCAGUCUCAACGACUUGACCAAGCCUGAUGAAAAGAUAAAGGGCGGUCCUGGGGGUCCAUCAGGCAAAGGUUUUAAUACAGAGCAGGUCGGUGGUGCUUCAAAGGACCCCACCUUUGCGAGCAAGUGUGGCGUGAGGGACAGCAGUGAGUACAUCUCCAACCAUGCCUUCAACCUGAGCUUGGAUGACCUGAAGCAGUACACUUUUGAUUUUGGUGUUAUUGCGUUAGAAGUGUCCGAGACGGAGGCCAAAGUGCAGCUGAAUCCACUGCAGCUUCACAGCACCAAAUCUAACCUUCACCUGAGUCACACUGAAAACCAGGAGACAGUGAACAAAGACGCCUUUGGUCUGUACCAGUCCUCAUCCAGUAAAGCCACCCUGGACAUGCUCUACCUCUGUAUAAAUACAGGUAACGGACACUCAAUGGUUCAGUGGUCCAAUAUAGAGGAGGGGGUUAAUGCAUACCGCUUCCAUGGUUUACAGCCCGGCACCAAUUACACACUUUGUCUCACCUAUGGGGGGCAGGACUGCCAAGUCCAAGUCGUCUUCACAACUAGGAAGAAGAUCCCCUCCCUGCUUAUCAUCGUGGUUGUCAGUAUCUUCCUCCUGGGCCUGGCCACUGUGCCCUUGCUGGGGGCCACCUGCUGCCACUUGUUAUACAAAUACCAAGGCAAGACCUACAAGCUGAUCAUGAAGGCUCAGAAUCCGGAUCAGAUGGAGAAACAAAUGACUGGAGAUUUUGAUCCCAGGGCGUCUUUUGUGGAGUCAGAGAAAACCUUUAACCCCAGCGAGUUGGGCGAGGGGGAGGGAGAGGCCGAGGGAGAGGAUGGAGACGGAGAAGGGGAGGCUGAUGGGAGCGUGGUGACAGAGUCCAUCCCGGGAUCCUCAUCCAAAACCAACCAGGAGGAGUUUGAAGUGGGCUCGGAGUACAGUGACAGAUUACCGCUGGGUGCAGAGGCAGUCAACAUCUCGGAGGAGAUCAACGGCAACUACAAGCAGCCAAGCCGCUGAGCUCCGCGGAUGUCUGCGAGCACACUGUAAAAUAUUUUACUUUAAAGUAGCCUACAUUCAAGCAGGUAACUCACCCACUAUUACUUCACGUGAACAACGAUGGCCUCUCAUACAAAAAAAGGUGGAUCUUCAAUUUAUUUUUUACCUCAGAAAGUACUCCGUCAGUCACUCGAGAUUGUGAAUUGAUUCAUGUGACAUUUGUUGUCUACUGUAAGGUUAAAAUAAGCAACAUGAGUUUACAAUGCAAGCACAGGUUUCUACAGUUUUAUAAGACCAUAAAACUGACAAGGAAGCAGCAAAAUGUUCCCUUUCUGCAGGACAGACACAGAUGGGCACGCGGCGUAAAUUGCGCAAACGGAGCUCGCCGCGCAACUGAAAACGAUAUUAAAAAUGUAAGAGAUCACAAAACACAAGCAAAAAAAAGUGCCAUAUGUUUUAAAGCCAUUUAAAAUAAACCUACAUCAGGGACCAAUUGCACUUCUUAUCAGUGUGCGUCUGCGUCAGGAUGAGGAUGCGUCCAUCUCCUCAGGUGUCGCAGAUUUGGAUAUUUAAUUCAUGAUGCUGAUUUUGGUUCCGCUGCUGACCUGCCCGCUGUCCUGUGAAUCCGAAAGGGACAUUUCACCUUCAGCUGUGUUGUGCUAAACGGGAAAACCCAGGUUAUUUACCAACAAAAUGUUGUUUAACGUAAUGUAAGGCUUUAAAAAAAAUGUGCGACUUUAACCUCUUAAUCAACGGGUGCUUGCUAUACUCUUCGCUUUUUACAAUGAACGUGUCCAUGGCAUGUCACACGUAUUUCCUUGUGUGGUUUUUCUUAGUGUAGUCUAGAGGACUUUAGAUGUUACUGUCAACCUGUGAUGUAAAGCCACGUGAAUUUAAAAUUAUUCUUUUUUUAACGACGGUAAGUUUCUAUGAAGCCUCGACAAAAAGGGCGCACUGACUGUCUUGUAAUUGGAUGCAUAUAGUGAGUUUUUGUGAACUGUUGUAAAACGAAACGAAAAACAAAAGCCGUGACCUUUCCAGAUUUUUUGAUAUCAUUUUAUGUAAGUGGAAUUAAUAAAACAUGAAACAUAUAUGCAGA